UCUUUCAUCAGUCUGCAGCUGCAACUGUGGACACCUUCUAAAACCCUAAAAAAUAACACACACCCAUUACUCCACCCUCUUUCUUCUCUCCAUCUAAACCUAAUCAUAAUUCAAAAUCAACAUCUACCUCUAUAUCUAUAUUAUUUAUGGUUAUGGAGUCGAAUUACAGCCCAGUGGAGGCUCUGAUGUCCGUUGCUCCGUUAAUUACAACGUCGUCCACGAAGAUGCGCAUUCAGAUCUUCCGCCAUCAAAUUCCUUCUAUUCUUAACAAUUUAGGCUCUGCGCAGAUGACUACCGAGUUUGCAUCUCUGUUGGUUGAUUUACUUUUCCAAACACUGUCUAUUUAUGAUGACCGUCGGUCGAGAAAACCUGUGGAUGACGUGAUUGUAAAAGCUUUCGGCGAAGCUCUUUUCAUGAAAAGUUUUGCAGCAACUCUUGUACAGGUUAUGGAAAAGCAGUCAAAGUUCCAGUCACCGGUAGACUGUUACAGGGUUCUGACGUGGUCUGUUCUCCUAUUAACUGAAAGUCAGUUUGCCUUGUUAUCAAAGAAUGCAUUAUGCAGAGUAGUACAAGCCCAGGCAUCAGUGAUCCAUAUUGCUAUGCAAGGAUCAUUCCGUGUCAGAAGGCGUUGCAAGAAAAUCUUUUUUCACUUGUUCACAAAGUCACCUGAUCUUCUCAAAACUUACAUGGAAGAACUGAAAGGUUCGAGGAUCCCAUAUAAGGAUAGUCCUGAGUUAAUACAACUGAUACUUGAAUUUACGAUUUCAAAUCCCACAUUUUUUGAUAUAUGGAAGAAAAUAUUUCUUGAUAUGUACGUUAAAGCAGUUCUAAAUGCGAGGGAGAAGCCCACAGAUGGCCUCAGUGAAGCUUUUGCUCCAUUAUUCGCUGAUUUAUCGCAUGAAGAUUUUAAAAACAUUGUCCUCCCAUCAUCUGUCAAGAUGUUGAAACGGAAUCCAGAGCUUGUGUUGGAAUCAAUUGGAGUUCUUUUGAAAACUGUCAAAAUUGAUUUGAGUAAAUAUGCCGUUGAAAUUCUUUCAGUGGUGUUAACUCAGGCUAGACAUGCAGAUGAAGGCAGAAGAUUUGCCGCCUUUGCCAUAGUAAGGUGCUUAAGCCAAAAGUCUAGUAGCCCAGAUGCUGUAGAGGGGAUGUUUAACGCUAUAAAAUCUGUGAUUGGAGGUUCAGAAGGAAGACUUGCAUUCCCCUAUCAGAGAGUCGGUAUGAUCAAUGCAUUGCAAGAAAUUUCCAAUGCCCCUGAAGGGAAGUACCUGAACAGCUUGUCACCAACUAUAUGUGGAUAUCUUUUAUCCUUAUACAAGGAUGAUGGUAAUGAAGAGGUAAAGCUUGCAAGUUUAACGUGUUUAGGAGCUUGGGCAGUAAAAUCCCCAGAUGCUAUAUGCCCAGAUUUGAUAACCUUCUUUGCUUCUGGGAUCAAGGAGAAGGAAGUACUGAGAAGGGGUCACCUUCGUUGUCUGCGGGUAAUAUGCAGAAAGACUGAUGCAGUUAUACAGAUGUCAUCUUUGCUGCUGCCUCUUCUCCAACUCGUUAAAACUGGUUUUACUAAAGCAGCUCAGCGGCUGGAUGGGAUUUAUGCGUUGCUCUCUGUGGCAAAAAUUGCUGUUCUUGAUGUUAAAGCAGAUGAAACUUUAUCAAAGGAAAAGAUUUGGCAGUUGAUAUUGCAAAAUGAACCUUCCAUCGUUCCGAUUUCAAUGGCAUCAAAAAUAUCAGCUGAGGAUUGCAUGACUUGUCUCAACCUUUUUGAGGUUCUGCUUGAUGAUUAUUCUCAAAGAGUGUUGGAGAUUUUUCCUCUGAGACCACUACUGCAGUUUGUUCUGUUUUUGGUGUGCCAUCCAAUCUGGGACAUCCGAAAAGCAGCCUAUGAUGCAAUUGGAAAGAUUCUUGUUGGUUCUCCACAAUUAUCUGAAGCUAUUAUGCUUGAGUUUGCAGAUUNUUCUAUUUUGCUGCCAUGA